AUGGUUUUCUUAUUUACAAAACUUUUUCGUAAUAUUGUUCUUCUUGUUGUGGCUUUUAAUUUGAUUGGUUACUACCUUCGCUGGAAAAAUUACAACAUUCUAGCCAAGGACUUUAAGACAAUUGCAGCGGCCGCAGCAAGUAAUAAUGCUCUAUCAGCAAUCUCAAAAUUCCAAUCUGAUCUCAAACGUACAUACAAAGGACAUACGCUGAUCGGAGAUUCGAGCUGGAAUCCUCUUUCUAUGGGCGGACUUCAGCUUCGUUUGCAAAUUAUUUAUGCUACUCCAUUUGAAGCGUUAACCUUUAUGGCUGCUGCAUCCCCAACUGUUGGCCGUUCUGGACUUCAUUGGGCCAAUUCUACUUGUACUGUUUUGACAGGAGAGUGUAUUCGUCAUUCGGAUUCGUUUAGCAAUUUGGUGAAGGAAACAUUCACUUCUGGUCAAAACUUUCGGCAAGGACAGUUUGAGAGUUAUGUCUAUGAAUUGAAGGAAGGCACUCAUUUGGUAUGCUACUCACGUGGAUUUAUUCCUGCUAGUGCCGUGCCUGCCCUUUCCGGUUCUUUGGCAGCUGGUGAUCCUCUUGGAGCUGCUAAACUGAUUUAUACAUAUACGAAGGUUUUUUUUAAUUUUUUAAUUAAAAAUAAAUAA